AUGAGCGGAAUGAGCGGCAUGCCAAUGGGCGAUGGUGUGCCGGGUCUGUUCUAUCUUCAAAAGAUAUACUGGGCGGUUAUAGGAAGUGCCCUCACAGCAGCAACAGUCGUCAAUAUUCUCAAUUACUCCCUGGCUCGUCAGAGACUACGGGACACUACACUUACUCCGUCCAAACCAAAAUCGCUAGUCUUCAGUUCAUAUGCUACCAUCACAGCCAUUUUUCGUGAGGCAAGCUAUGCGACACUUCCUCCGCUUUCAAUUCGUAGCUAUACAUUCCAUUUCGCUCCUCUAGGUCCUGCGGCUAUCGUUCUGGCAAAUCUGGUCGUGGUGCUGGUCUUCUGCUUCUACAAACUGGACACAACGAAUGAGUGGAAAUGGGAAGAUGUCGGCUAUCGUACAGGAUUUGUCGCAAUUGCUCAGUUACCUCUAAUAUUUCUACUAGCAGGAAGACAGAAUAUUAUCGGUCUGCUGGUCGGAAUGAGCUAUGAACGACUCAACUGGUUCCAUCGAUGGAUUUCCCGGACACUCUGGCUGACUGCUACAAUACACAUGGGCUUUUGGUUUCGGAAUUGGGGAAGAUAUGACUAUAUCGUCUACGAGCUAAAGAACUAUCCUAUGGCAACACGGGGCUUUGCAGCGUGGUGUAUUCUGACGUUUAUCGUCCUGGCAUCGACCGCACCUGUGCGGAGAUUGGGAUACGAGUUCUUCGUUCUACAGCAUUUAGUGUCGUUUGUGGGAUUUACUGUUGCCGUAUGGCUUCAUGCCCCGAACGAUGUGAAAGUAUGGGUGUGGAUACCUAUAGGACUGCUUGUCUUUGACCGGAUGGUUCGUUAUACGUGGGCAAUUUAUGCCAAUCUAUCCAUUUUCCAUCGAUCGAAUACUUCCAAACACUCGAUCUGGGCGAAUCGCGCAUAUCUCACGCCCCUACCGGGAAAUGUCACCCGUAUAACUAUCGAGAAUCCAGCGGUGCGGUGGAAAGCUGGACAACACGCUUUCCUAGCCUGUCAUUCUAUAGUGCCGUUACAAAGCCACCCUUUUACAAUCUCCUCAAUACCGAGUGAUGGAAAGAUGGAGUUUCUAGCCCGUGCCGAGAAGGGCGGCACAAGACGCUUUUUCCACUACGCCUCCAAACGUGAUCAAGUUCUAGGUGCUGAUGGCACUAAAGAACACUAUACAAUACUGAUCGACGGUCCAUAUGGGACUAUCAGACCCCUUCAACAGUUUGAUAGCAUCGUUCUGCUAGCCGGUGGAAUGGGAUCAACUUUUACAAUGCCCUGCCUGCGUGAUAUCGUUGCGAGAUGGAAAGCAGAGUGUCAGGAGUCACCAAUUCGUCUCGCAGCCACCAAACAAAUUCGAUUCGUCUGGGUGAUUAAGUCGAGGGCCUAUGUUAGUUGGUUUCAGUCUCAGCUACAGUCAGUUUUGGUUGAUGUAGCUGAAUGCCAACGGGUACAAGCUGAUUUGAUAAGGGAGAUUGACAUCAGCAUUUAUAUUACUUGUGAUGAGAAAUUGGAGUCGACGGCAACACAGUCACAUACGCCAUGUAUACAAAAUCAGGGCAAGACUGAAGCAACGACGGAUGCUGAUGUCAACAAUACGAAGCAAAUAUCCGAGAAGGAGGAUGUUUCAAUCCACUUGACCUCCUCAUCAACAGCUUCGAAUAAUCCAAGUAACGCAACUGGCUGUCUUCCAAACGGAGGAUGCUGCUGUGCAGUCCAAAUCGAAGACGAGGAUCGGAUCACAGAAUGCAAAUGUAAAUGUUCAGGGCCAGCACCAGCACCAGCACCAGCCUCCAGCCCUGAAAUCUUAGUCAUCCCAGAGAAACACACCACAAACACACCCCAGUUGAACAUUCUCUCCGGCAGACCCCAUCCAAAGAGCAUUAUUCGCAAAGUCCUAGAAAAAGCCGAGGGCGAAAGCGCAGUAGUCGUUUGCGGACCACAAGGAUUGUCUGAUGAAGUACGACGGAGUGUGGUGUAUCUUAGCGAUGAACGGGCUGUGCAUAAGGGGACGGGGGCACAGGGAAUAUACUUGCAUGUUGAGAAGUUUGGAUGGUAA